AUUCUCACCUGUCCCUCCACCUUCCCCCCAUUCUGUGAACGGCCGACGGGUGAGAGAUGUCGUCUCCGGCGAUAGACCCCCUCCCGGCCGCCGGUGACGACGUCAGUGGAGGGCUCUCUGUCGCCUCCGGCGUGUCUCGAUGGUUGAAUGCUGCCUCCAGGCGGUACCAGCACCUCCUCGACCGGUCGACCCCUCAUGCGUUUGCACGAUGGAUCUGCUUCUCGCUCGUUGCUCUCGCGUACAUCGUUAGAGUUUACGUGAUCGAAGGGUUCUACGUCGUUUCAUAUGGAUUGGGGAUUUACAUCCUGAAUCUCCUGAUCGGGUUCCUCUCUCCACAGGUCGAUCCCGAGCUUCAGGAUGCCGAUGACGGGCCGACGCUGCCCACCAAAGGGUCUGAUGAGUUCCGGCCCUUCGUUCGCCGGCUUCCUGAGUUCAAAUUCUGGUAUUCUCUUGCAAGAGCAUUCUGUAUUGCUUUUGUGAUGACAUUUUUUCCAAUGUUUGACGUUCCUGUCUUUUGGCCUAUACUACUCAUGUACUGGCUGGUGCUCUUUGUGGUUACUAUGAAAAGGCAGAUAAACCACAUGAUCAAGUACAAAUAUGUUCCUUUCUCCAUCGGGAAGCAGCGUUACACUGGAAAGAAACCUGUACCUGAUGAAGAUGCGAGUCUUCUGAAGAACUAACCUCUUCUCCUGGACAUAGACCAAAUUUGUCUUGUAGAUGCUAAGGACACAUCCUUGUGUGCAUGAUGCAUUACCGGAGGCCACAUUCUUCUGUUGGGCAGGCGGUAGAAGAAAUUCAGGAAGUUGACACAUUUUUCAUGAAAUAUGAUUAUUCAUGGUGGGGUGAAAGUCCAGUACCUUUGGAGAAAAUGAUAUAGAAAGGUGGUUUGUUUUGGCUAAAGUGGUCGCCUUUUCAUAGUUUAAGAUUUACAUGAAAUUGGAGAAAAGUUAUUGCAGAGGUAAUGUUGUAGUCAUCCUAGCGGACGCCAACCUCUUGCAUCCCUUGCUUCGUAGUAAAUGUGUAGUUCUUCUGCAAUUUACUUGAAGAACUUACCUUGAAACCUGGACUCCUGCUUGAAUUGAAAAAGAUUUCCUCCUA